GAAAUCGAAAUACCGAGGAUAAUUGAACCAGAAUCAGAACCAGACCGUACACCGCUUCUCAAAAGUCAUAAACUCUUUGCUGCGGCUCUCAUUUCCCAUCCCAGAAUUUCUGAGCUGCCAAACAGAUUUCGCACAACCUACUUACCGGGGAUAUUUUCCUCCAGCUUGAUCCGAACCUCCUUCAAUAGACAGAGAAGUCUAAACGCGAGAAUACCAGAAGCUAAAUAUGAUUGGAGUAGGCAAAGUCAAGCAAUACUCUAAUGUUCUCGACAAGCCACUCAGUAAGGGUAAACAAGAGGUCAGUUUGAGUGCAUUUGCUUUUUUGUUUUCGGAGCUUGUUCAGUACAAUCAGACUCAGGUUGACAACAUUGCUGAAUUAGAACGAAGGCUGGAGGAUGCAGGCUAUGCAGUUGGGGCACGUGUUCUUGAACUUCUUUGUCAUAGAGAGAAGGGGAACAGAAGGGAAACUCGAUUAUUGGGUAUUUUAUCUUUUGUACACAGCACAGUGUGGAAGGUGUUGUUUGGAAAGGUAGCUGACUCCCUCGAGAAAGGCACUGAACAUGAAGAUGAAUAUAUGAUCAGUGAGAAGGAGCUUCUUGUGAACAGAUUUAUUUCCAUUCCAAAAGACAUGGGGACAUUUAAUUGUGGAGCAUUUGUUGCUGGAAUAGUGAGGGGUGUUUUGGAUGGUGCAGGUUUUCCAGCCGUAGUAACAGCUCAUUUUGUACCUAUCGAGGGUCAGCAACGACCACGGACAACCAUUUUGAUAAAAUUUGCUGAAGAGGUAUUAAGAAGAGAAGCAAGGUUAGGUUGAUCCUGUAAUUUUUGUCGGGCAUCUUCCAGCAAAAAGGUGAACGAUGGUAAUUUUCAGCUUUCUUAUCAAAUUAAUCAGGAUUAUCGCCUUCCCGUCCCAUCGCAUAUACGCGUGGCAUUGUCAGAUUUUUGUUGUUAUGUGUGGCCUUCUUCAGAUUGGGGUUACUUUAAUCGUCUAGUAAGAGCAAUUAUUGCCACUGCAGUUGAUGCAAAGCAUACGUUAAGUCUAAUUUUUUUGUGUGGAAAAAGUACAUAGUUUGUAUGGAGUUGGUUAUCCUUUUUGUUUUUGGGUGAAAUUGAUAUUAAUGGAAACAACAUGUAAUCCUUCUCAGUUCUCAUGCCUUCUCAAUGCAGUUGGUCCUAUUUAUUUACAUUA